AUGUUAGAGACUGGGCAACAAACGACAACACAUCAGGCGACAAUCAGUCUCCAGAUGUCCAUUGAGCAGCUAUUUCUAGGGCUGUGCCAAAAGAAAGCUUGCCUCUAUAGACAGACUGACAGCAAUAAGAUUCGGCAGUUGCGUCGCAAAAGGUUAAGGGAGGAAAAAACCAAACUCUUAGCGGCAAUACGCCAGUACAACACCGGACAGCCUCCUGAAACAGAAAUCCAGGAAGAAGAGGUGGAGAGAAGACUGUCUGCAGAACAGCAAACAACAGACAGUCUAAUAUGGCCAUGGGAAGUGCAAAGUGAUGAAUCGGUGUCCAUUUUGGCCCAAAAAAAAGUCUUCGAUGCCUACAUGGGCAAAAGGAGACUUGUGGAGGAGAGGGCCAUAAUUGUGAGGGAGAUGAGGCAGCACUGCCUUUAUCUGAGAAGUCAGGCUGACAAGAUCAGGAUGCAGAUGCAACAUGUGUCAUGUGGAGGACAUAGUGACAUGACUCAAGAAGGGAGAGAUGGAUUAGCUAGUCUUCUAAAGAAAAGACUUGCUGACGUGGACACACACAUCCAGCAUCUUUCUUCGGCCUACAGCCUGGCAAUCGGACCAAAUGCCCCUCAAUGGCCUGAUGACUCUGUGGAGAACCAUGACCAAGACAGUGACAUCAGUGAUGACAGUGAGGAAGACCCUGAUGAGGACAUCACACACACCCUACCCCCACCUUGAGGAAAGGACGCUGGGGCACAGCGCCUCUCUCCCCCACCCUACCCCCUCCUUGAGGAAAGGACGCUGGGGUACAGCGCCUCUCUCCCCCACCCUACCCUGAAGGACACUAGGGUGUACAGCAGGGGUGGCCAACCAGUUAGAGGUUGAGAGCCAAUAAUUUCCCUGCGUUACUGCAAAGAGCCACAUCAUACACAUAGGCACACAUGCUGGGUGUAUGUCCCCCCCACCUCUCUCUCUCCUUUCUGUGUGCUCCCUCAGUCUCUUCCUCUGUGUGCCACUCUCUCUCACACAUAGAACAUGAACAUCUAAACAUUUACAAUAAUUGACCCACAC